UUGCGUCAUCAGACGGGGCCGGAAAAACUGGCGGCUGCGGGGCUCGGCCCGCCGUCCCCGCUGGGUUUAACUGAACUGCGUGUGCAGGUCGGCUUGGGCUCCGAGCGACCGUGCGUCGCAGCGAAUGGCCAGGGACCUGAUUGGGCCGGCACUGCCGCCAGGCUUCAAGGAGCACGCGACCGCCGAGGACGAGGAGCGGGACCCGAGCCCGGUUGCAGGGCCAGCUUUGCCUCCUGACUACAGAAGCAGCAGUUCGGACUCCUCAGACAGUGACGAGGACAGUAGUUCUUUGUCUGAAGAAGAUGACACUGGUCCAACUGCAAGAAAGCAGAGAAGAAACCAAGAAAGAGAUGAUGAUGAUGAUGAUGAUGAUGGGUUUUUCGGGCCAGCCCUUCCUCCUGGGUUUAAGAAGCAGGAUGACUCUCCUCCAAGGCCUAUGAUAGGUCCUGCAUUACCACCUGGUUUCAUUAAGUCUACACAGAAAAGUGACAGAAGCAGAGAGGAUCCAGGACAAGUGUCAUCAUUCUUCAACUCAGAGGAAGCAGAGAGCAGUGAAGAUGAGGGUAUUGUUGGACCAAUGCCUGCAAAAGGACCUAGCAACUAUAGUGUAACGGCAGAGUUCGAAAAAAGGGCCCAGAGAAUGAAGGAAAAAUUGACCAAAGGAAAUGAUGAUUCAUCUAAACUCAUCACAAGAGAGUCAUGGAUGACUGAGCUUCCUCCGGAAAUGAAAGACUUUGGUCUUGGACCAAGAACCUUUAAGAGAAGAGCUGAUGACAAAUCCGGAGACCGGUCUGCCUGGACAGACACUCCAGCCGACCGGGAAAGGAAAGCUAAGGAAAUACAAGAAGCAAAGAAGUCAUUCAGUAAGAAAGAUGAAGAGAACAGACUGUCAGAAAGGGAUAAGAGACUGGCUGAGCAAGUGUCUUCAUACAAUGAAUCAAAAAGAUCAGAAUCCCUCAUGGACAUUCAUCAUAAAAAGUUAAAGAAUAAGGCUGCUGAAGAUAGAAACAAGCACCAAGAGAGAAUACCAUUUGACCGUGAUAAAGACCUCAAGGUUAAUCGGUUUGAUGAAUCUCAGAAAAAAGCCCUCAUAAAGAAAUCCAGGGAACUAAAUACCCGCUUUUCACACGGCAAAGGCAACAUGUUUUUAUAAGUAAGUGUGCUUCAGUGAGGUGCACACAGACUGAUGAGUCUGAGCCCCUCAGAAGAUCCCUGUGUCUAUAGUAAUUAUGUGCACAAAUAUAUUUCCUUUUGUAAUAAAGUAGAUGCAGAGUCUGCAUUUUUAUAAA